UGCAACUCCUAAGAGCAUCUCUCCUGCUUGCUAGGAAUUCACCAUCGCUCGCUGGCCUGGCCAUGGCUACUACAUUUCUGCAAACUUCUUCCUCCACCUUUGGGGGUGGCUCUACUAGAGGGGGCUCUCUCCGGGCUGGGGGAGGCGGUUUUGGUGGAGGAAGUCUAUAUGGGGGAGGUGGAAGUCGUAGUAUUUCAGCUUCUUCUGCCAGGUUUGUUUCCUCCAGCUCUGGUGGAGGCUAUGGGGGUGGCCUGAGCUGUGGCUUUGGUGGUGGGGCUGCUGGUGGUUUUGGUGGGGGUUUAGGUGGUGGUUUUGGUGGGGGUUUAGGUGGGGGCUUUGGUGGGGGUUUAGGUGGUGGCUAUGGUGAUUUUGGUGGUGGCGAUGGAGGUCUCCUCUCUGGUAAUGAGAAGAUCACCAUGCAAAACCUCAACGACCGCCUGGCCUCCUACCUGGACAAGGUCCGUGCCCUGGAGGAGGCCAACACCGAGCUGGAGGUAAAGAUUCAUGACUGGUACCAGAAGCAGAGUCCGGCCAGUCCAGAACGUGACUACAGCCACUACUUUAAGACCAUGGAAGAGAUCCGGGAUAAAAUCCUGGCUGCCACCAUUGACAACUCCCGGGUCAUCCUGGAGAUCGACAACGCCAGGCUGGCUGCAGAUGACUUCAGACUCAAGUAUGAGAAUGAGCUGGCCCUGCGCCACAGCGUGGAUGCUGACAUCAACGGACUGCGCAGGGUGCUGGAUGAGCUGACCCUGUCUAAGACCGACCUGGAGAUGCAGAUCGAGAGCCUGAAUGAAGAGCUGGCCUACCUGAAGAAGAACCAUGAGGAGGAGAUGAAGGAGUUCAGCAACCAGCUGGCUGGCCAGGUCAAUGUGGAGAUGGAUGCUGCACCAGGCUUGGACCUGACCCGCAUGUUGGCCGAGAUGAGAGAGCAGUAUGAGGCCAUUGCGGAGAAGAACCGCAAGGAUGCCGAGGCUUGGUUCUUCAGCAAGACGGAGGAGCUGAAUAAGGAGGUGGCCUCCAAUACAGAAAUGAUCCAGACCAGCAAGACUGAGAUCACAGACCUGAGACGCACCAUGCAGGGGUUGGAGAUUGAGCUGCAAUCCCAGCUAAGCAUGAAAGCCGGGCUGGAGAACUCACUGGCGGAGAUUGAAUGCCGCUACGCCACACAGCUGCAGCAGAUCCAAGGGCUCAUCAGUGGUCUGGAGAGUCAGCUGAGCGAGCUCCGCUGUGAGAUGGAGACUCAGAGCCAGGAGUACAACAUGCUGCUGGACAUCAAGACACGGCUGGAGCAGGAGAUCGCCACUUACCGAAGCCUGCUGGAGGGCCAGGAUGCCAAGAUGGCUGGCAUUGGCAUCAAGGAAGGCUCCCUGGGAGGUGGCACUGGUGGUGGGAGCAGCAGCAGCAGCAGCAGCUUCCGUGUCCAUGUAGUGGAGUCUUCAGAUGGAAAGCUGGUUUCUUCCAGCAAGAGAGAUAUCUGAAUACCCAGCAUGGGAGAAACAUACCUUGCCAGCCCUUGGCUUCCCCUGGCUGAGCAGGGAACUGCCCAGCGGGGCUGGAAACGUAAACUCCAGGCCCCGCUGCAGCGAGCAACUUGCUGAAGAGGGGCCUUCUGUCUUCCAGUUUGGUGUUCUGCACAUUCUUUCUCCCCACUAGCUUUUCUCUUCUCCACUUCCUUUUGAGCUUGGAAGUGCAAGAAAGGGCUGUCUGGCAUAACAAGC